GUCAGAGCAAACAAUUACGACUUUCUCCGACGCGUUGUCUUUCAACGAUUAACGCGUCUGCCUUCAUCUGUCAUACUUGGGUGGUUUACAUCUUUGCGUUUGGUUUGCCUUGAACAAAGCCGCCUGAGAUGGACGAGGAAGAAGAUGCAAGAGAGCGGCUCAAAGCCGCCUUGUGGUUUGCGGUGGGGAAGAUUGUCGAUGAGGAGACGAUGAAGAAGCAAAGAAAUGCCACUCCUCAGUUCAUAGGCGCUUUGACAGACAUGGUAUUCACUCAAAUCGAGAACGUCGCCAAGGAUUUGGAGAGCUUCAGCAGCCACGCAGGCCGCAGUACAAUCACAACUGACGACGUGCUGCUCCUCGCGCGGAGGAACGAGGACCUGCACAACAUCAUCAAGCAGGAGGUUGAUCAGCAAAAGGCCAACAAGGCCAAGACUCGCAAGGGAAAACAGAACCAGUAAGAAAACCAACUUUUGGGCCAGUUGUGGUGGAUUGUUGGGGCGCAAGGCGAAAAUUUGUCAGUCACAAAAGCGACAAAGAUAUUUGAAUGACAAAUCAUGCUUUCGG